AAAAGCAAAUUUACAGCCCGCGAACGCUAAAAAGUGACCCGACUUUUUCAUUCAAAAACUCGCGAGCGCAAGGCGCCCAUGCAUUCCAUUGUCUUGUUGAGAUUUGAACCGUCGACCUCUCUCUUAGAGUGAACGCCUUCGAAAGACAAGGCAUCGUUGAAGGUUGCUAGGGUUUGAACUCGAUAAAUAAGACGAAGAGGAAUCAGGAUGAAGGUCAAAAUUCUCCAGUAUAUUCUCUCUCUCCUUUUCUGUGUUUAAUUUGUUCACCUGCUCUAACACACCACAAUUAUAUAUGCACAUGAAGAAAUGCCACCAAAAAUGGUGGCAUGCUGUAGCUUCUUGGACAUGGGAUGCAAAAGAUGAACUAUGUGCAAUUUGUAAACUUCCUUUUGAUGGUUGUUGUACUGAAUGCAAGUAUCCUGGUGAUGAUUGCCCUUUAGUUUGGGGCGUGUGCAAUCAUCCAUUCCAUCUCCACUGUAUAAUUAAAUGGACUGGUACUCAAAAUCGACCACACUGUCCAUUGUGUCGAAGAGACUGGCAAAUUCAAACUGAGCCUCAAUAGCUGAAUAUUCUACUUGUAUAUUUCUGUUUUAGAUAUUUUGGCAAUAGACACGUACUUUUUUCUCUGGUACUUAAUUUGGAUCUUCAAAAAAUAUGUAUCAAAGUUGCUUUUGUGGAGCCUUUUUUUCACUAGUAAAUACUUAGUGUAACAACAAUGUUUAAAAUUAUUACCAGUUGUGUGUACAAUGCUAAAUUCAAUAUUGAUAUUUGCAGAUACUGCAUUGCUAAA